CAAUAAACAUGAAGAAAUUAAAGCUUAAAGAACUGGAAAGCUGUCUUCAACAAGUUGAUACUUUUGAAAGUCCAAAGCUACUCCUUGAACAGUAUCCAACAAGACCACAUAUCGCAGCAUGUAUGCUUUAUACAAUUCACAAUACUUUUGAUGAUAUUGAAAACAAAACAGUUGCAGAUUUGGGAUGUGGCUGCGGCAUGCUCAGCAUUGGAAGUGCAAUGUUAGGAGCAGGGUUGUGUGUGGGGUUUGACAUAGAUGCAGAUGCACUGGAAAUAUUUAAUAGCAAUAUUGAAGAGUUUGAGCUCUCAAACAUCAACAUGGUUCAGUGUGAUGUCUGUUCUUUUUCUGACAGCAUGUCACAGACUUUUGACACAGUUAUUAUGAACCCUCCAUUUGGAACCAAGCAUAAUAAAGGAAUGGAUAUGAUUUUCCUGAAAACUGCUUUACAAAUGGCAAAAACAGCUGUAUAUUCCCUUCAUAAAACUUCAACACGGCAGCACAUUCAAAAGAAAGCAGAUGAAUGGGAAGUGAAGAUGGAAGUCAUAGCAGAACUUCGGUACGACCUCCCAGCAUCAUACAAGUUCCAUAAGAAGAAAUCAGUUGACAUUGAAGUUGACUUCAUUAGAUUUUCUGCCAAGAAACUCCUGAACUGAAGAAUAUAUUUUAAACUUAUUCAAAAUGGAACAAAAAACCAAUAAAUUUUUUA